GAGAGAGAGAGAGAGAGAUCGUAGAUAUCAGAAAAGUUAAGGAAGAGAGAGAGAGAGAGAUCAGAAAAGCUAAGGAAGAGAGAGAGAGAUUGAAAAUGUAGUAUGUGAAUCGGAUCCUUCGCCAACAAGGUUUGAAAGCCUCCACACACCUCCAAUUCAGCAACUGCUCUUCCAAAACCCCCCACCCUCUCCCCUCUCUCUCGCUUCAUAACUUAGAAGAUAUCUCUCCGUUAAAACCCUUUCUUCGUUCUCUCUCUCUCCCUCUCUCUCUGAGGAAAAGAAUGCAUAAAAAAACAAAAAAUCCAAAGAACAGAGGGAGAAAUCACCAAAAGAAAUAGAAAAGAUAGUGAUUCCAUGAUUACAGCUGCACCAUUCCACAUGUAGCUAGGAUCCAUCUCACUCUAAUUACCAGCCAUCUUCAUCUUCUUCUUCUUAUUCUUCUUCUUCAUAUAUUUAUGCUUAAUUCCUCACAAUUUUCCCUCCACAAUUAAGCAUAUAUGUCGAAUCCAGAGUUUUUCCUUCUCAAAGGAUCCCAACAGCAGAUCCAACUCAGCCUUCUGACCCGACCCGCUUUGGAAUUCCCUGAUGACGGCUGCCACCCCAACGCCUCACAUGACCGCAACCCCAUCAUCCAUCAUGUUCAUCAUCUUCCUCCUCAAUCACAAGGAUCAGAAGCACCCCUUGAUCUCAACCAACCCGGAAAAUGCGAGAAAAUCGCUCCGGAUUCUCCCGAGAAAGUUGGACGACACGACAAACCGUCGAUAUCAAUAUCACUGACAGGAACUGAACCGACGGACAAUAAUGAUGACGAGGACGGGUUCCGAACUCCAACGUCUUUGGAGCAUAGAAUUCCGGAACCCAAACAAUGCCCACCUGCACCCAGAAGAUCACCCUGCCGCCUGCGCCUCAGUCCUCGGAAGGUGUCAUCCGCUACCCGCCGGCGCCGGAGCCUCAACCUUGAUCUUUUGAGAGAGAUCGAAGAAUUUUUCGGUUUGCCCACCGAUCAGGAUGACGACCGUUAUCGUUUCGACCGGAAGAUGAAGAGAGCCCGAAGAGACGACGUCAAAUAAGGAAUUUUAAUUAUACAUACUUUUAGUUUUGUGGUAAGAAAUUCGUGAAAAAUGAGUCUGCUUGGAAGCUAUAUAUCAAUCUCCAGAAAAUUAAUCAAUAAUGCCGUUUGAAGUUCGUUCAUCAAUUGAAUCAAAUCGCUAUAUGCUUCAUCUGUCUUCAUCAAUUCUUUACUACUGAUUUUGA